AUGAGUGGUUGCAGUCUCAAUCCAGCAGAGCAUCCUCUCCAGAAGCUCCACAAAGAGUCGAAGCACGUUCGUCACCCAGAAGCUCUGGGGAAGAUGGCUGACAGGAGGAUGAGUGGGAGCCGAACAUGUGCUUCAAUAAAGAGUGAAGUGGUACAGGACGAGGGCGGCACUUGUCUGGAGCUUCCUGAAGGGUUUUUGAUCGCUGCGUGA